UGUUGAUUUACAACGCUUUUGAAUACAUAAACCAACUUUCGACAAAGCGUUUUCUGGGUACUGAACUAACUUUUAACUUCUAAGCAUUUAAACUUUAGGGACAACAAUUAUCAUCUAUGAGUAAUUCCCAUUGGAAUUUGAAACUGUCCUGUUGGCAUACUCGGGAAUAUCUCACGUUAGAUGAAGAUAAGUCAUGUUUAAUGUCCUGUAUUGUUUAAUGAUAUGCCUACACUGAUAACGUGUAUUUACGAUGCAUUUUUAAAUGCUAUUUAUCACCUACUGCACUGGUUAUCUAGGCAACUUCUUACGUUUUUUAUAGUCUGCUAUGCACUACGAAAGAACUGUUAUAGGCUACUUAUCUGCGUUUAUGCACGUUAAUGUAAUGUCGCCUAAAAAUACUUCUAACCCCUCCGCUCGUGGAUAAUCUUGCGUUUGUUGUAAUGCCAGGGACAAGUGUUUGUCUGCCAAUAUGGAAAAGAAAAAUCAUGCUAAUUUGUUUAGUUGAAACAUCACCUCAUGCUCAAAGGGGUGGCGCGGCCGCCGCCCACUUUCGUCCAACCUGCUGCAGCCUACACGUUCACUGAAAUACGCCUGGCAGUGACCUUGUUCAGCGCUACCGGGGAAAUCCCACUUUUAAUCAUUUAAAAGCAGACUUGUAGUUUGUGUUGGUUUCAUUCGCCCACAGGCUGCCAUCUGUUGUAAGCCGAUUCCCGUUGCUGUUUGCCUGGACUGUACACACCGUAUGCCAAUGAAGUUGUGUAAAAAGUAUUUUUCUGCGACCAAUUCAUCCUGAAAAGACGCAGUGACGUACUGUUAUGAAAAGUAAACGGUCAAAAUCGGCUGUUUUUGUUAUACAUUUUUCCGCAAACCUAGCCUAGUUGGAAUAUUUUAUCCCAAUUAGGCUACUCAGCACAUUUUUAUGAUAACAAAAAGUUAUUUAUUGAUUCCUAUUAUUAUUUAUUAUUACCUAUCUGAAAGUUUCAGUUCAAUUUUGGUGCUGAUAUGCAAAUCGGAAAUGCCCUGCGCGUGGCUAUACUCCUAGCGUUGUACAGUUUUGCAGGCGCAGAUGUAACCGCUGGGGCAGGCAGCGGGACUUUCUGCUAUUGGACGAGCAGCGGCGCUCAGGGUCGCUCCCAUUACAGCUUCUUGCGACUAUCAGCUAAUAAUGCACGCCCCAGGUCCCUGCAGCUAUACCACAGCGUCUGGACACGCGAUCGGGGCCUCGUGGACUGCGCGGUGACAGACGAACCAGCUGUCGCGGAGCGCUACUUGUCGCUAUGCCGCGGAGAGCAGUCCGAGAAAUUCACCGACGUCCCAGAGACGCGUUUCGACGUCAGCUUGCUUUUUGCUCCGGAUAACCCGUGUGCAGAUCCGUUUCCAGCGGGAGUCCAAGCGUCUAAACGCAUGAAGAGGCAGAUCAACGACCCAGACCUGGCAGAACGUCAAGCUCGGGAUGGUUCGAAAGUAAAGCUCCGGCGCCAGAAGCGAGCGUGGAUCAUCCCGGGGACAGUUUGGUGUGGCUCUGGUAACAAGGCGACCAAUUACAACGACUUAGGAUUGUUCGCGCAAACCGAUAUGUGCUGCCGGGAACACGACCAUUGCGCGGACACCAUCACGUCAUUCAAGUUCGGCUACGGUAUCUUCAACCGGCACUUUUUCACCGUUUUGCACUGCGACUGUGAGGACAGGUUUCGCCAGUGUCUCCUCACAGCAAAUGACACCGUCUCCAACAUGGUGGGCUAUGGCUACUUUAACCUCAUCAAGACCCCAUGUUUCACCUUUACGGAGAAAAUGCAGUGCACCCGGACUAACUGGUUUGGCAUGUGCACGUUGUCCGAGAUGUCCCCCUAUGCCGUGUUGCAGGAGCCCAUGGAAUACAACGCUACUCAGCCGGUGCCCGAGGAUGAGGGGUUUGGCAAUGCCACUGUCCCGUCAGCCACUCUGGGAACCGGGAACAUCACCUCUGACUCCACGUCCCCGACGCCCAUGCUCACGCCCACGCUCACACCCACGCCCACGCCUAUGCCCAUGCCCACGCCCGUCCCGAACGUCCCGUCUCCCGCGGCGGGAACCGGCCAGCCACCCGUCCGCGGGCCCAAACCGCGGCCCCGCUGUCGCCCCAGGGGACCUGCCAGAGGGCCCGCCUCCAGGCCCGGAAGGAGGCGGGGCUUAAGGAGGAAGGUUUGCGAGGAGCAGCCCAAUUCUCCUCUUCCUCCAAAGGGGCGGGACUCAGAUACAAAUCUUACUGCUGUGAGCGCGGCGGGGGGAGGAGACCCGAUUGCCCCUCCCCACCAGAGGGGUGACCCCAGCUCAGAGAACGCCCUGCCCACCGCCCGUCCCAGGACCCCACAGCCUGUCCCGCAUAACCACCCUGCACCCUUGGAGGACAUCAGAGAAACAGAGACACUGCAGCCCUGUGAUUGCUACAAACACCUGGACGAGUGCAGGCUCAAGAUUCCACCUCUGGGCGAGAGAUUUGGCCUGAAAAACCCAGAGCGCAAGACCCUGUACCACUGCAACUGUACAAACAGGCUGGCCCAGCAGCUUCAGGCCCUGGAGGAGCCGGACGGCGUGCAGUCCCUGCUGGUCGAUUUCGUCUCCCAGUCCUGCUUCCUGCUGGCCCCCCCGGAGGAGUGUCCCGGGACAGCUCAGGGGUGCCCCCCCGCUGUUCUCUCUGAAGCCUCGCAUCUCCGUCUGGCGCUGUCCCGGCAGGAAAACAGAGGGGGGGAGAAAUACGCGGAGACGCCCAUCCUGAAGGUGAAGAGGCACAACACCAGGAAGUCCAAGAGGAAACAGAUCCCGGUCAAACUCUACAAAAAGUGCCUAAGGAUCAUGGACUCCAAAACGUUACAAAGGGCCGAAGGGUGAGAGCAGCCUCAGACCAAUGGGCGGGGGGCAGGGGCAGAGCGUCAGUGUGUGUGCAGCUUUUUAUGCCCAAAAAAGUGCCCUGUUUUAAUGAGCUAAUUCAUUCUGUAGCCAGUCGAGGACUUAAAUCAUGAAUUACGCUUGUGUUCGUUUCACACUCUCAAAGCACUUUACACUUUGGAGUGGAGCUUCAACCUCCACCACCAUCUGGGCUUACACCAGUUCAUGACCCCACGUCAAGUUAUGUGAACCCCUGUUAUGAUGAAUCCCUGUUCACCAAAUACAUGGACAAAUGCAUGCUGUACAAACAGGUAUAAUCAAAAGAAAUAGUUAAAAACUCGCUUUGACAACAUUAGGUUCAAACCUAAUAUAACCACAAUAGUCUCUAGUAGCCAGUUUUGCUAAUCAAGAAUAAUAAUUAAUCUUACAUUGAUAGAUUAAUAUGCUGUAAGUAUAUUAAUUUUACAACAAAAAACUAUAUUUGUUGAUUCAAUUCUAUAGCAGUUUUGUGGAAAUUCUGUUUAUUGAAAACAAAAAAAACUUUUCUGAUCUUUUCAUAUUUUAAAUAUUGAUGACAUCCAUGGUAGCAGUUAACAUAUAUUUCAUGCAGUUAGUCUUUUAUUUCUCACUCCGAAAAAGUUUUAAAUAGGUGCUACAGCGGUGGCAGUGUGUACACCCUCUUUCUCAUAAAAAAUGUUCCUGGAUGUGUUCAAACAGGAAAAGCAAACUGUAAAGAGCCCUUAUUGUGAUCGACUAGUCACAGGUAGUGCUGGUUGAUUUGAUAGGGAACCAUUGUAAAUGUAUAUACGUCUAUGUAAAUAUUUUGGUUAGAAAACAUUCAUGAAAAUGUUACGGAUAUAUGUUUUUUUAAAUGUAGAUAUGUUAUUUAUUAUUUGUACAUUUUGUUGUGUUGAAAUCUGUUUUGUAAAUAGCUUGUGUCACUGAUUAAAAAUGUCUAUAAGAGGA